GGAAUGACUGUAUCUCAAGGUUUCGUUUUUUUCAGUGACAAUUUUGAUUCCCAAUAGUUACAUGAACAGUGUUUUGAACUAGCCUAUUUUGAUUAGAUUGACCUCCCGCCGAGUCGUCGGAACAAAGCAACUCGGCCUUAAGUAUCUCCAAUCGAAGUUGUACAUAAAUAUACAGAGUGAUUUAGUAGAGCCAUGUAGAAGGCCAUUAUAUAUUCCGGGUUCUCGAGCUUCCGUUGUAGUUUAUGUCCUGCACAUUGCGCCAGUUGUAGCAGUACGCCGCUUCCCCAAAGUGCGUAGCAAUGUUAUGCACCAUAUCUGCCCUCCAUUCGGACUGGUCGAAACAGCCUCAGCCAUAUCAAUUAAAGUUCCAGCUUUCUUGGGCGAAUUUCGCUGACUUUGACUAACUCAAUCAAGAUUGCCGUUCGUUGCUAGAAUACAAAAAGCCCGAUUCCCAUCUUUGAACAAUGGCAGUUGAACUACCAUAUUCUCGCACAUCUUUCUUUCAAGCAAGUAAUUUCAAUCACAAGCAAUCAUUUAUAACAAGAUGGCUAAUAACUCCGCCAACUGGAAAGCUAUCGGCGCUUUCAAACGCGAUGCUUUGUUGUCCCUUAUUCCGGAAGAAUGGCGAAUUCCACUUCCACUUCCAUCUUCCACAAUAUUACCUGACGUGACAGUCCAUAUAUGCCAGUAUCUCUCUGCUAAGGAGGUUGAAAUCACGGAGACGGACGCAGUCGAUAUCAUUAGAAAGACUUCUAGCGGAGACUGGACAUGCAGUGCGGUUACUGAAGCGUUCUGCCACAGAGCAGCGUUGGCUCAUCAGAUGAUCAACUGCCUUCAUGAGAUAAUGUUUGCGUCUGCUCUUCAGAGUGCCUCGGAACUCGAUGCCUAUUUCGCGGAACACAAAAAGCCAAUGGGUCCAUUACAUGGUCUUCCCAUCAGUCUUAAAGAUGCGAUCCAUGUGAAAGGGGUAGAUACAAGUUUGGGCUAUGUUGGCUGGCUGGGAAAAUCCCAACCAGAAAAAGAAAGUCAAAUUGUCACUGAUCUUCGCUCCCUUGGCGCAAUCAUCUACGUGAAGACCAGCGUUCCUCAGGGGUCCUCAUCUAUUGACACACGCAACAAUAUCAUUGGCUAUACACCUAAUCCCCUCAAUCGUCAUCUUACUGUGGGGGGAAGCUCGGGUGGUGAAGGCGGUCUAUUAGCUCUGCGAGGAAGCUCUGUGGGACUCGGAACCGAUAUCGGCGGCUCGAUUCGGGUCCCCGCAGGUUGGAAUGGCUGCUACGGGCUCCGUCCAUCAACUGGAAGAUUGCCGUACGAGGGGAUUGCAUCAGUGAUAGAUGGGAUUAUGCUCCCGUUUGUGGUUGGUCCAAUGGCAACUCAGGUAAGUGGGCUAGAGUUGAUGAUGAGGAGCCUGUUGAAAACUGAGCCGUGGAAGAGGGAUCCCAUGGUCCUUGAACUUCCUUGGAAAGAGGAUAAAUUUAUGAACUUACAUGAAGGCAUGAGUGGCAGGGAAAAAAUGACAUUUGGAAUCAUGAUCAGUGAUGGGUAUGUGAAUCCACAACCACCUGUCGAGAGAGCCAUGAGGGUGGUCACGGAUGCAAUAAAGGCGCUAGGUCAUAAGGUCAUUGAAUGGAACCCGCCGAGUCACUCCUCUGGUAACGAUUUAUACUUCAAAAUCUGUUUUGCCGACAGUGCCAAGGCGUAUCACUCAGCAAUUGCAAUGUCUGGAGAGCCUUCAAUCGAACCUAUCUUCGGAUCAGAGCCCUUUCCAGAGGUGAACGCCAGCCAAAUCGUCGAAGCGAAUAUUGCACUCAAAGAUUAUCGGAAGAGAUAUCUUGACUACUGGAACAGCACCUCGGAAUUUACCGGAACAGGAAAGCCGGUCGACGCAUUCAUCAUGCCACUGGCACCGUUUCCACCUCCGAAGCCAGGGCAAGCGCGAUAUGUCGGCUAUACAACCAUUAUCAACGCCCUAGACUAUACCUCAUGUGCCAUUCCAGUGACACAGGUGAGAAAAGAUAUUGAUCGAUACCCGGUGGAAUAUACUAGUCUGAAUGAGGUUGACCAGGCUAUCCAUGACGAUUAUAACCCCGAUUUAUCACACGGUGCACCGGUCGCUGUGCAACUAGUUGGUGGAAGAUUGCAGGAGGAGAAGGUUCUCGCAUUUGCAACAGCAAUCAGUCGACAGCUUGAGAGAUGAAGCUAGAAUGUUAUCACGGGGGUAAGGCAACGUUAUAUUGUCAUUAUUACAACACGUGGAACACAAUUCACGCUAUUUCUAACUGCUUGGAGAAUACGCCACAUACGCAAACUGUAUUCAUGACUUGAGAUAGGAAUUCGCUUAAUGUUACCUUCGACCGCGUGAUUACAAUAGCUAGUGUUUAUAGUCCUUCUCUACUAUAGUUUUAUUAUCAUCGAACUUUUACUUUUUUUGUAUGCAGAUUUUGAUGGUAAAUAUUGUUCUGAAGCA